UUUCCUGGUAUUUACAAGUACGGAUGUGAAUCCGGGGGGGGGACAAAAUGACCUCCGUUGAAACGGUAAACAAAUAGAGUUAUUUAUUAUUUAUUUUUAAUUGCCGUGGGUUAAGGACAAAUUCGCCUGUUAUUCGCUUUAAGGCAGUUAAGGGUGAGAGGCUCUUUUAUUAACUCAUCAUGGCGGGAUUGUUUUCGUGCUGUUUCGAUUGCUGUGAUCGCGGAAGCUCCGGCCACGUCGCGCUGAAAGAAAUGCCCACGGUUCAACUGGACACCAAUCACAUGGGUACUGAUGUCGUCAUUGUAAAAAGUGGCCGAAGAAUAUGUGGCACAGGGUCGUGCCUCGCAAACGCCCCUCUCCAUCAGAACAAGAGCUACUUUGAGUUCAAGAUUCAGUCCACAGGUGUUUGGGGUGUAGGAGUGGCUACACAGAAAGCUAACCUUAACCAGGUCCCAAUGGGCCGAGAUGCACACAGCCUGGUGCUUCGGCAAGACGGAACGGUGUACCACAAUAACGAAGAGAAGAAUCGGUUACCAGCUAACAGCCUGCCGCAGGAAGGAGACGUAGUGGGCGUUUCGUACGACCACGUAGAGAUGAAUUUAUACCUGAACGGGAAGAACAUGAACUGUCCAGCAUCGGGCAUUCGAGGAACCGUUUUCCCUGUAGUAUACGUGGACGACAGUGCAAUUUUGGAUUGUCAGUUUAGUGACUUCUACCAUCCUCCUCCUCAAGGCUACCAAAAGAUUCUUUUUGAGCAGCAGAUCUUCUGAUCCUCAGGCGACUCUGAGCACAUUAGCUUUCCAGAUAGCAAUCAUCGUGUCUACUCCCACUACUACAUCUCUGGGGAAGUCCAGCGCUGAAAACGACGUGCUUCUCUAAUUAUGCGGCUGAUGCUUUAUUCUGGCAGUUUCAAAAGCGCAACUGAACAGUGUUAUCUCUUCAGUAAUUUUUUUGGAGGUAUAAAAUCGAUCCAUGUUGGCAGUCAGAACACUCCCAACUUUGCCCUAAUUUAUGUAUUUAGAUGAAAUCAUUGUUAGGACUCCAAUUACGUGUCUGCACAUAAUCCUCCAAAUUCUUCACACUUUGUUUUGGAUUACAAAUAAUGUGCUGCUUUUAAAAAAAAAAAUGGAUCAAGUUGAACAUUAAUCUAAUCUGGUCUUAUUAUAAAUUUGACCUCUAAAUGAGGUUUAGAAUCAGGUUUAACUGACAUAAGGGUAAAACUGACACAUUAUACAACUGACCGGAACUAAAAUGUGAAUCGUAUUUGCAAUGUUAGGAAAAUUUCCAAAUCUGGAAUCAUACUUUGUGCCUAUUUAUGCUUUAUUGAAUAUUUUUGGACACAAAUAUCUGUACUGCUUUAGUACAAAACAAGCCAUGUCUUAAUUUAAGAUUUUUCUUGUAAAGGUAAAUAUGUGAGAGACGUCUGGUUUCACCAAAUAUCAUAAGAUGCUUAUAUCAGUUAAUUCACUACAUAGUGUCUAAUAUUAGGCUUUUCUUCAUGUCAUAUAUUUGCUUGACUAAUGCAACUAACACAAUGUAAUAAAGGAAUUUAAGCUGUAAAGGAUGCAGGAAGAAAGCUGUGCCUAUCAACUAUAUUGUCUGCUAUAAUUGGUUUUAAGUUAUUUUAAAGUCCAGUACCAUAUUGUGUGCACUGAUUAGUCACGUGGUGUUUGUGACGUUUGUUAGGACAGUAAUAAAAAAUAUUGAUGUUU